CCCCUCUUUUCUGCCCCACAGGUAUAUAAAGAGGGGGCGGCUGCAGAGGAGAGGAUAUGCAUCACUUGGGACCCCUACUCCUCUCUACUACUACUGCUGCUUUUGUUUCUCUCCCACGGCAUCUCUAGUCCUCCCUCACGCCUCUCUCUCUCUACUCCUAACAGAACACAGACACUAGCGAGCCGAGCUAAAGCCGAGCAGCAAGAACCUGCCUGUAUCGAGUUUGGGCCCGUCGAGCUAAAACCUAACCUACGCUAGUAUGGAUAUUGCCAUCCAGCACCCCUGGUUCAGACGUGCCAUGGGUUCCAUGUAUCCCGCCCGUCUCUUUGACCAGUUUUUCGGGGAGGGCAUGUUCGACUAUGACCUGUUCCCCUACGCUGCCUCCACCAUCAGCCCCUACUACAGACAGUCGCUGUUCCGCAACUUCCUGGACUCCACCAACUCUGGCAUGUCUGAGGUGAGGUCCGACAGGGACAAGUUCUCGGUCUUCAUGGAUGUGAAGCACUUCUCUCCUGAUGAACUCAACGUAAAGGUGACUGAUGACUACGUGGAGAUCCAGGGCAAGCAUGGAGAGAGACAGGACGACCACGGUUACAUCUCGCGUGAGUUCCACCGCCGCUACCGCCUCCCCUCCAGCGUGGACCAAUCGGCUAUCUCCUGCACACUGUCCACCGACGGCCUCCUGACCCUUUGUGGCCCAAAGGUCACCGGUGGCGGUGGCGACCUCGGCCGGGGCGACCGCAGCAUCCCCGUCACCCGCGACGACAAGACUAACGCUGCCCCCUCCUCUUAAGAAGACGGGCGUGCUGCCAGCCGGGUUGCA